GCGCUGUCCCGCCCCGGCCCCGCUGCCGCUGCCGUCUCGCCGCAGUGCCCGUCCCUCGCCGCUCCAGCCACCAUGAGCGGCUCCAGCCCGGAGGCCGCCAAGCCCGCCAGCGGCGCGGAGGCCCAGCUGCCGGACGCCGAGCAGGACUGGGCAGCCGCCAAGGCUUUCUACGACUCGCUGGUUUCCAAGAGACCCCGACCGCCCAAGCCCCAGCACGCCAUCACUGUGGCCGUCUCCUCCCGAGCCCUCUUCGACCUGGUGGAGGAGCGGCGGAUCUACGAAGAGCAAGGCGUGGAGAAGUACGUGCAGUACCAGCAGGAAAACGAGAACGUCACCCUCAAGCCAGGCCCGGCUUUCUACUUCGUCAAGGCACUGGAGCAUGUCAAUGCCCGGCUUUGUGAACUGUACCCUGAGGAUGAAGAACGAUUUGAUAUUGUUCUGAUGACUAAUAACCAUGCCCAAGUGGGAGUGAGGCUCAUAAACAGCAUCAAUCACUAUGGUUUAACAAUUGAACGCUUCUGCAUGACGGGAGGUAAAAGCCCUGUUGGUUAUCUGACUGCUUAUCUCACCAACUUAUAUCUGUCUGCAGACUCUGAAAAAGUCCAAGAAGCUAUAGAAGCAGGCAUUGCAUCAGCUACAAUGUUCACUGCAAACAAAGAUAUUUCUUACUCGGAUACAGAGCUGAGAGUGGCAUUUGAUGGGGAUGCAGUUCUUUUUUCUGAUGAAUCAGAACAGAUUGCCAAAGAGCAAGGAUUAGACAGAUUUUUUGAACAUGAACAGCUGAAUGAGAAUAAGCCUCUUGCACAGGGUCCUUUGAAAGGUUUUCUGGAAGACCUAGGGAAACUCCAGAAGAAGUUUUAUGCAAAAAAUGAACGAUUAAAUUGUCCUAUAAGGACCUUCUUGGUCACAGCCAGAAGUGCAGCAAGUUCUGGAGCCAGAGUACUGAAGACUCUUCGUAGCUGGGGUCUGGAGAUUGAUGAGGCACUUUUCCUAGCAGGAGCUCCUAAAGGACCAAUCUUGGUGAAAAUCCGUCCUCACAUUUUCUUUGAUGACCAGAUGUUUCACAUCGAAGGAGCACACAAAUUAGGGACCAUAGCUGCACAUGUUCCCUAUGGCAUUGCUCAGAAAUAUCCCAAAUCCACAUAACUGGAUGGCACCAUUAAAGAUGAUUCUUAACUCAGCCAGCCUUUAAUAUACCAAUAGUUGUGUUCGAAAACAAAAUCUGUAUUUAUAUAUUGCAAGCACUAUGUUUUAAGAUUUGAUUUCUGGCUAGAACAAUCUUUAAAGGAAAUAUUUUAAUAUAGGUAAGUUUCUAAUAGAUUUAUUUUAAUAGUAUUCUUAAGUAGUUUAGGGUUUUGUUUUGUUUUUCUUUUACUCAUCUGGAACUAACACUGUGUUUUCAAUAGUAGGAAAAGAUUUGGACUGUUUUUUUUUUUUAUAGAUUAAACAGUAUUUUGAAAAAUAUAGAACUGUUAUAUUUUCUCUAAAAAUUCUUAAUAGGUUAUUUAUAACAAAAAUCAUGCUGCAUAGAUAGCUCCUGCAAGUUUUUUCUGAAAUUAUGAAAAGUGCAGUUUACCUGCAAGUGUUUACCUGUUAGUAGUUUUUUUUUUGUUAAAUAUGUGUUCGGUGUGUUUGAGAUCAUGAGGUUUCAACUUUUGCAGGCAAUUGUCUUUCCAGUGAAACAUGAGCUUGUGUUUACAGGAACUCUUUAUUUUUCUAUACUAUUUUCCUAUUUUAAUAAAGCUGGCUUUACAGAA